CAGUAAUCCAAUCCGUUCGAUUGGCACUUCAGUAGUACCCAACCAACCCCCUCCUGCCCUUUUGUCGUUUGCGCGAAGCAGGACAGAAGGAGCGCCGCAACAGCAGCCGCAACCCGAGCGACGAGCAGGAGGGAUCCGAUAUUCCGAUGGACGAGACCGACGUGAUCGAGGUGACCUUCGGGGACGACGUGAUCGCCACCACCGUCACGUCCUCCGGCGAGGCCGUGGAGGCCUGGCUCGCCGAGGUCCGCGCCGCGCCCAGCAGCAGCCUCGUCGUCGGGCUCGACGUCGAGUGGCGCCCCAGCAGGCGCUCCGACCAGAACCCCGUGGCCACGCUGCAGCUCUGCGUCGGCCGCCGCUGCCUCAUCUUCCAGCUUCUCCAUGCCGACCGCGUCCCCCGCGCGCUGGCGGAGUUCCUCGGCGACCGCGGCGUCCGCUUCGUCGGCGUCGGCGUGGAGGCAGAUGCCGAGCGGCUCAGCGACGACCACGAGCUGGUGGUGGCCAACGCGGUGGACCUGCGGGGCCUCGCGGCGGAGGGGAUGGGCCGCCCGGAGCUCCGCCAGGCGGGGCUGCGCGCCAUCGUGGCCGCCGUCAUGGGCGUCAACCUCGUGAAGCCGCAGAGGGUGACCAUGAGCCGCUGGGACGCGUCCUGCCUCAGCUACGAGCAGAUCAGGUACGCCUGCAUCGACGCCUUCGUCUCCUUCGAGGUUGGCCGCAAGCUGCUGGCUGGAGAGGCGGUGGCGGCGGCUGAUCCAGCGGUUCCAGCUGGCGAGGCGGCGGCGGCGGCUGAUCCAGCGGUUCCAGCUGUCGCAGGUGCGGUGGCCGUCGCGCGAGUCCCGUGAACCCGCCUUGCUUAAUUCUAGUCUUUCCUAGCCUGCUUCCGCAAAAUUUGUCCUAGUUCGUGCAGAUUUGGUUCUUGACUGCAUUUUAAAUUGCCUAUUUCUCCAAAUCGCCGUUAGAAUUUAAGCCUAGGUCCUACUUCUUGGGGUUUCUGUGACUGAACAAUCAAUCAGGCAGUCAUGGAGACUGGGAUUGGGAGGGGUUUAACUGUUGUGAUGUGUUCGUUCUUGGCUGCUGCCUGAGCAGGCAAAAGAUUGUGGUGAUUAAUCUGGUAUUAGUAUCAUUGGGCAUGCGUGCUAUUCAGGACUUUUGUGCCGAUGCUGUUGCA